AUGGGAGAACGGGAGAGCUUGGGUCACCGGUAUUCAGCAGUCGGCGGCGGCGGCGACAACAGCCCCGCGCAGCCCAGCCCGAGACUUGGCAAGCCCAUGCUAGCGCGCGCUCCUCCUCCUGCGGCCCGACCCAGCCCCGCGCGUCUCGGAGCCAUCCUGGUCAUCCAGAGGCGCCACCUGGAGAAGCAGUUGAUGGCUCGGUCCCGCAGGCCCUUCCCCACGCCCUCGGUCGACCCUCGGCGCCCACUGGUCCCCUGUCCCCGGACCAGGACCUCGACCCUGCGGAGGGGCGGUCCCACCAGUGUCCCCGACGCGCCUCUGGCUGUGGCUGUCAGCAGCCGCUCUCCCAGUGCCUCGUUGAUGCCAGGAGGUCUGCAGGCCACUAUGCCCAGCUCGCGCCCCUCCAGCCUGCGUCCGGUGCUCAAGGUGUCGCUGCUCAAUGAGAAGCACAAGUAUGACGAUGAGGAGUACGAGGAGGAGGUGGAGGUGGUGGACGAGGGCCUGGUGCGCAAAUGCACCGAGUGGCUACGUGGGGUGGAGUCGGCAGCCGCCGCGAGGGGCCGCACAGGGCAUCUGGACUCACUGCCUCACCUGAGCACACUGUGAACUAGGUGGGCCUGGUGUGACCCACCACUGCCUCCUUCGCCCCUUGCCCACCUGGGCUCUUGUGAACCAGGUAGGCCAGCAAGGGACAGGACCACAGCCUGGAACUUUCCUCUGGUGCACUUAGUCAUGGGUGACCCACAGCUUCCUCUAAUGCCCACCUGUGCACCAUGCACCGUGAGCCAAGUAGGCCAGCGUGGGACACAGCAGACUUGCCUGGCUCUGCUCUUCCUGCUCCCCCCCCCCCGUGGGGAGGAAGGACCUGUGAAAUGCCUUCUAACCUCCCACCCUCAGGAGUGGUCCCAGUGGCCCUCUGCCCCAGGUGGUAUACCACCUCCUGGGGACUCUGCAAGCCUGUGGCCACCGAGGAUGGGUGCUCUCCUGUUGUAGAGCCGGAACGUGGUGCUACAUUUUAUGAUUUGUUUCCUUCCAAAAUCAGAAAGAUGUUGGGUGUUGGAAAGCCUAGAAACUCUGGUUAACCUAACUUGUGGGCCCUGUGAGUGAGCUUCAGGGGAACGGAACUCCUGUUGCCACAGGAUGACCCUGGUGGAUUUGUGCUCUGUCUGCCAGCUGUGUAGUCAGCCACCCCACACCCCUGCACUUUCACACAUAUGCACACGAGAACACUCCCCUGCCAGUGGGCACAGGCACACUCAUGCCCAUAACCACACAUGCACUGCCCCGCUAGCAGUCGUGUGUGCACACAUACACACACAACACCCACACAUGCCCACGAUAACACAUACAUCACCACUUUCACAUAUAUGUGCAUUCAUGUACACACACCAGUCUCACUCAUGGUCGCACACGUGUCCCCAGGAGCACAGAACUGUUUUCAAGAGCUGCAUCCAGGAAGGAAAACAGGGGUUACGGUUGGCAUUUGCUAAGGAUGCAGCCUUUAUUUGAGGGCACAGCAAUGUCCCCUACACUAGCUAAGGAAGGCGUGUGGGGGAGGGGAGGUGCGUGUGUGUGUGUGUGUAAGAGCAAGGCAGGGCAAGUCUGCCCACAGCAACAGCUGGUCAGAGGGGAAGGUAGGAAGUAGCUGUGGAUGAGGGCAGCUGGCUUUCAUCACUGUGAAGACAGGCGACACAGGGGUCUGUAAGCUGUAAAUAGCGACUUUUUAAAUUUUAUUUAUUAUUUGAAUGAAGGGUAAAACUCCUGUCUCUUAGUAGCCACGCCCUUCCCGCUAACUAGAGGGCGAUUCUUUCUUAUUUCUUCUGUGCCUGAGUGGAUUUAACCCCAAGGAUAAGAAGGAAGUGUUUGUUCUGAUCAGAAGUUUGGCUGUGGGAGAGUAACGCAGUACCUCAGUUUGCUUGUUUGUUACUUAUCUUAUGCAAGUCAAUAACUGGUUUAAUGUUUUUGUUAGACUUUAAUGUGUCGAUUCUUAAUUGUUUUUUAAAUCGAAGCCUUACAUUUUUAAGAACCAAUUACACAUUUUCCUUGUAGAGAUCUUUGCUCUCUCCGUCUCUCUGUCCCCCUUUCUCUUUCCUUGGCACAAACUUUUUCAAACAUGAAGCCUUAGUUUAGAAGGAGCUACGCCAGCCACCAGAUGAAUUAAAAAAAAUAAGCCACUUAUUAAUUCGUCUUUCCUGACCCUAGUUUGAAACCUGAGAAGUAGAUUUUCAUUGAUUUUAAAUGAUUAAUGCCAAAGGGGCAAAAUAAGCAACCCUGGCAUGAGCAGAAGGGCUCUUUCUCUGGGUAGGACAGUGGAGAGGGUACUACCUCUGCACCUAGCCUGGCACAGCGUGGCUUCCUCUCAUCGGCCCCCAGGGCAAACACCAGUACUGAAGAGGCUCAGUUCCCUGCCCUCUGGAAGGAGUGGCCUCUAGGGAGAGCUUCCUCGUUCUCUGUCCGUCCCUGGUCUUCAGUGUCUGCUCUGACUUCUUUCCUCACCGUCACCUCCAGAUGCCCCUCCCUGAUUCCCUUGCUAACCGGCCUCAGUGCAAGGCUAAGCACAUUUUCCCUGGUUGGUUCCUCAUAGGGCCUUGUGCGUCUGGCCCUCCACUUUAGAGAUGGGGGAGUGUUUGUGUUGUCUGUGCUCGCGGGGUCUUCACCAUUGCUGACGUUCUGAGGAUAUUUCUAUCACUGUGCUACGAUUUCAUGUCUAAAUAAAAGAGGGAUUGGA